UUUUUUUUUUCAGUGUGUUCUUGAAAAAAGAGGAAAGCGAACGAGCAUCUCUGUUGCAGAUAUCUCACUUCAUUUCGUCGGUAAUCUAUCUUGAAGAUGGGUGCAGAAAGCUCGUUGCCGAUGGAAAUGUGCAGCAAUUUCGACGCAUACGAGUUGCGUCGACUUGCACGCCGUUUCAAGAAGUUGGAUAUUGACGGCUCAGGAUCGCUCUCUGUCGAGGAAUUCAUGUCUUUGCCAGAAUUACAACAAAAUCCAUUAGUGCAAAGAGUGAUUGAUAUUUUUGAUGAAGAUGGAAAUGGGGAAGUAGAUUUCCGAGAAUUUAUCCAAGGUAUCUCACAAUUCAGCGUCAAAGGUGACAAAAAUGUUAAAUUGAAAUUUGCAUUCCGUAUCUACGACAUAGAUCGGGAUGGCUACAUAUCGAACGGGGAAUUAUUCCAGGUGUUGAAAAUGAUGGUCGGUAAUAAUCUGAAGGAUUCACAACUACAGCAAAUUGUCGAUAAGACGAUACUCUUUCACGACAAAGAUGGUGACGGAAGAAUAUCAUUCCAGGAAUUUUGUGAUGUUGUGGAACAUACAGAAGUGCACAAGAAGAUGGUACUGGAGAACAUCUGAGAGACGAUUAACCCACGCUCUUUUUUGCUAGUGUAUACAAUGUGGGCUCGGCCUACGCCUCGUAUGUAUGCCAUUCGUUGUGACAAUGCUAGCUUUGUGGGUAAUGUCUCUCACCCACGCUUCCCAAUUCUUUUUUGCCACGCUAUAUCUGACCUAUAUGCUUUUCUCUGAACGUCAGUUCCAUUCCACCCGACUAUCCGAUUUCUGUUUCUCUUCUUCGAUGCUUUUGAGAUAUCACAAUGGCUCGUACAAAAAAAAAGACAGACAGCAACGUUCUGCUUUCACUAUCUCAUAUUUUUGUUUAGUAAAAAAAUCUGUUAGUCUGGGUCAUCUUUUUGUCUUUGUGGUGGCUGGGCGAAGGUCAUGAAUUUCGAUGCAUUUGCACACGUGGUUAUUUUUGUGGGGGGUGUCUAAGACCUUAGCCGUUUAGAGCGUCUGGAACAUCGUUGAGGAGAUUGUCAUUGUAGUCGUAAUAGUGAUGUUGAUUGAUAGUUGCACCUCUUUACGUAGAAUCAUGCUAUCCAGGUGUAAAUAGACUUUGCGCGUGCAUAUCACCCAUCUUGAAGUCUCGUCUAUCGCAUGCAACAUCGAACCAAAUUCAGCCUGAGGAAAUAAUGUUUCGCAUGCUGUUUUUGUGUAAUUUGUGUCCCAACACUAACCAGCUCGUGCUUGUGUUCUACGUGUUGUAUAACCACUAGUCAAUUCUGCUUUAGCCUUGCUUUCUUCCUUCUAGUUAUCACAUAGCUUGAGAGUCACAUUGAGUUGUUAGUAGCAUGUGUCGCCGUAUGUUCUGAAUAAAUAACAUA